AUAUAUAUAUAUAUAUAUAUAUAUAUAUAUAUAUAUGUAUAUAUAUGUGGAAGUAGAAGGAGAUACAACUUUUGAUGCCCAACCGAAGAGUUACUGGAGUUGGAGCAAACAAGACUUUUUCCCAGAAAAGUCUUUCGACAACUGGAGUUCCUACGUAUCCGCCCUUUCUCAGACCAAAUCCAGACUCAAAGACCGCCUCCUGAGCAGGUCCGACGACUCAAAGGAGCUUGUCGAUCUCCGCAAAGAGAGCGAAAACAGCAUGAAACGCUGCCUCAACUGGUGGGACCUCACCUGGUUCGGUUUUGGCUCUGUCAUCGGUGCUGGCAUCUUUGUACUCACCGGCCAAGAAGCACACGACCAUGCGGGGCCCGCCAUUGUCCUCUCAUACGUGGCUUCAGGCAUCUCUGCCAUGCUCCCUGUUUUCUGCUACAUCGAAUUCGCCGUUGAAAUCCCUGUCGCUGGAGGAUCAUUUGCUUACAUGAGAGUCUAAAUAGGAGAUCUCGCCGCAUUUAUUACAGCAGGUAAUAUACUUCUCGAAUCCAUUGUCGGAAGUGCAGCAGUUGCUAGAUCUUGGACUUCUUACUUCACUACCCUUUUGGACCGCCACCCCAACUCGUUACGUAUACAUACAAAUCUCACCGAUGGGUUCAACUUAUUGGAUCCGAUUGCUGUUGGGGUUCUCAUAAUUGCAUCGACGAUUGCAAUGACGAGUGCGAAAAAAACCUCAUACUUCAACUGGAUUGCAUCAGCUGUCAACACAGUGGUGAUUAUAUUUGUAAUAAUAGCAGGUUUUGCCCAUGCAAAGACAUCCAACUUAAAACCUUUUAUGCCUCAUGUAUAAUAAUAUUAUGUAUGUUCUGUUAAGAAAUUCAAAUAGAAUUAAGGUUGCUCAUCAUCUCUAUUAUGCAUUCAUGUCCUUAAAUAAAUACAUAUGUUGAUCUAACAAUCUGUUUACUCACCAACUAUAAUUCUGAAAUACCUGAAUGGUUAUAAUUUG